AUGAAAACAAGCUGUUUUAAGAUGCCCUAUCAAUGUACUUUGAUAAUACUUAUUAAGGGAAGGACAUGGAAGCCUUGAGUUGCGAAGAAAAGGAUUUUCCAGAACCAUUAUUGUGGCAUAUCUAUAGCUUAAUGAUAUUCGAUAGAUUGAGCAGUGAUUAUGCUAAAUAUGAAUAUUUGGAUUAAUUCGGUGCUAUCGAAUAUUUUCAUAAACGAGAUAAGGUAUCAAUAAAUUUGAUAUAUUAAAUUUUAGUUUAAAAUGAAUCGAGUGAAGUACGUAUUUGCUUUUCAUCAAACUUAACUAAUUUCAUUGGCCUAGUUGUUUGCUAUAAGUAGAAUGCUCCAAGGGAUAGAAUAAAAUAAUUACGAGUAUCUUAAAUAUGCUGCCAAGUUCUUAAUUUAAUCUAACAUAUAAAGAGUUUUCAUUGUAAUUUAUUCAAUAUAUUAUUUUUUAGAAAGUGUUGAGGAAUCAUUAAUAUAUCACACCAAAUAUUUACCAAAUCUUUUUAAGGCUGUGA